ACGGAGUACUACAAGAUCUUGGAUGUUGAGCAGAGCGCAUCUGAAGGGGAGAUCAAGAAGGCAUAUAGAAAGAUAUCGUUGAAGGUACAUCCGGACAAGAAUGCCCAUCCCAAAGCGGACGAGAGCUUCAAGAGGGUAAAUAAAGCGUUUGAGGUGUUGGGAGACGCCCAGAAGAGAACGAUAUACGACCAGACUGGUGGCGAGGCCCCGAGUGGGUUUGGAGGAGCAGGAGCAGGAGGAGCAGGA